UAAAAUGCAUGUAUUGUAGCUUGCUCCAAACACAUCAGAUCUCUGCUGCAUUGGUAAAAGAAUUAAGAAGAUUUCACAGGCGACGUAACAUCUACGAAGGCAAUUUAAAAUUGCAUGUACCAUGAUCAAGGCAUUAUCUUUGAUCGUGAUUUUUGCCGGUUUGGCCAAUUAUGCAGCAGCAAGAAUUGCAGCAAAAUCUGUACUGACUAAAGUCUCAAGCCAACUCAAAGUGGCAAAUUUUGGGCUAGGUGUAUACUCCAGAUCGUCAAUCAUUUCAGCUAUCUCCCAAGCUUUGCGAGGAGAUAACGAGGAAGAUGUCAAAGAGAAUCUCAAUCAAGCAAUUGUCACGUUGGCCGUGAUGGACAUUGGAGGAGGAGCACUGAUCCCAGUAACGGAGACUGUUGUUGAAGCGAUUUCAAAAGAUGCAACUUUCAAAGCUACUUCAGAUGCAUGGAAAGAUUACAACGUAAAGAUAAAGGAUCAACUGGAUACUGACUUAAAGACUCUAGAUGACACAGCUGUCAAGAGAGUUUUGAAGGAAGAAAAAUCUAAGGUGUUGAAGGCAUUUGAAAGUGAUGUGGCAAAGUUGCAGACAGUGCCAGGCAAAGCAAAAACGUACAAUCUUAUCAAAAAGGCACAGAAGUGGCUCAAAGUGAAAUCCGUCACCAAAGUACUAGGACCUAUUUUCGAUGUAGUUGGAAUUGGCAUCGAUGCAUGGUCUCUGAGCAGUGCCAUUAAGGACUGUAAUACUGACCCAGCGACUUGUAACUACGGUGAAAUCGCAUCAGCAUCACUUGGUAUUGCUUCAAGUAUUGUUGGCAUUGCUACAUUCGUGGCCUCUCUGGUGGUAAGCUCAUCUGUUCUUGGACCAGUUGGUGCUGUCGUUGGUUUGGUACUAGCGAUUGGAGCAACGCUAAUCGAAUUGUUCUACGAGCCGCCCGUUGAUCACGCUAAGAUCGAGCGAGAGAGAAAAUUCAGUAUGAUGAUGGAAUUAGACCGAUAUUCAAGAUACCAACUAUACACAGCAAGUAAGAUUCUCAGUGACAACGACGUUGACAGAAACGAUCUUUAUGUGGUCAACCAGGGACAUAUGCCAAUGUGGGGAAUUUUGAACCCUAGACCCGUGCUAGACUUUGGUAAAAGAAAACCGCUGGGACUAAAGAGAAUAUCAGAUGAAUUUAAUAUGAAAUGCGAGGAUCCAAAACAAAAUGGCCAGUCUGUGAAUGGGUAUGUUUGUGAGUAUUUGCUGGAAAGUAACCAUUACGCAAGCAGUGGAUUUAACCUUGGACAUGGAUUCUAUGGCUUAACCAAAAAUGGUGGCACGCGUGUGUCCGGAGCUGUACCGCCUGGAUUACCACCGUAUGAAGGUUCGAUGAUCCUGAUAAAUACCGACCAAGUGCAAAGCAACGUGCUUCAAGAAAACAAUAUGUUUGCACAUUUGAGGGGCUUCGAAAUAAGGACAGACAUGAAAACAAACGACAACAAACCCUACGACGACUUGGUUGCCCUGGGAGCAAUGCCGACCAUUCGCUCCGAUCAGAAAAUCAUCAUCCGUACCGGAGCUGGGAAUGAUGCACUCAAUAUUGACGGAGCAAUUGGGUUAAUACAGCAGAAUUAUCAGAACAUACUAGACGCUGAUCUUGGUAGUGAAGGACACAACACCCUGUCGUUUAAUGCAUACGAUGGUGUGGCGUACUCUCAGAAUAUUCACUACGAUGCAAGAAGCGGAGUGUGGUCAACAUUUGGAAACGGAUACCAACAUCAGUUUGGAACCAUAAAAAAUGUAGAAAUACUUGCAGGUUCGGAUUACUCCGACAGAAUUACAAUGCAUGCAACAAAAAAAGGCGAGAGCGGAUUUGAUUUCACCGUCAUCAAACGAAAAGGAUAUUCUGAGUACAAAAUAGACGUAGGAGCACUCGCAAAACAAACAGAAACAAGGAACUUCAAAAUCAUCGAUUCAACAGAAGGAGGCCUCAGGGAUGCACCGUAUAACCCUUGCGACGCAUACUCUCCCAGCCUCGAGCUCCUCAACUUUGAUAUGGAAGCUUCUUCCAAUGAUGUCCUUUAUCAAGGUAGACAAUUAAAGAUUUACGGCUUGCGACAAAAUGCUAAGAAGCGACGCAGUGCAAUGAGACAAGGGUCUAAGUUAGUAAAAAGAAGUUCGUACUGCAGCGGAGAGAAUUCUAUUGGCAUCCAUGAAAAAGGAGGACAAGAUGGGAAAGUGCUGCUGGCCACGGUAACAGUGCACUCAAAAUGCUCCCUUGCAGUGUCUUCAAGUAAUGUGAAUGGUGGCUGCAUGGCCUAUAUGAGAAGCAUUAACAAUUUAGAUAUUGUAUUUUACGAGGGAAUGAACACAUCUGCUGAUCUAAGCUCAUCUAUAGAAAUGAGUGAUAAAAGCGAUCUUAUUCAUUUGGUGUGUCCUGAUUCACCAGUGCAGUUUAGUAACAGCAUUAACAUGAAAGGCAGCACGGGAGACAUAAUAAUUCUGAGUUCGAGCAGGUUUCUUGAACCAUGUGGCAUAGAUGGAUAUUACAAACGCAUGUUGAUUAAUAGGAAGUAUUGGAAAACCCUCAAUGGUGUCGUCAAGUACAAAUGGGAGCUUGAACUUCACAACAACCCUAAGUUUCCAGUUAAAAUUGGAGAGGAAAGUGGCUGGAAGCAUGUUUUGAUGGGCGUGGAGAAAAUUGUCAACGAAUAUGGGGAUGUGGUUGUUAAUCUUCGGAGUGGAGAGGGCGAAUUUUAUGAUUUGUAUCACGAAUACACAAAAGCGACAAUGAAGAGUGUUGGAGUUAUGUACGGAUCGACCCGCAGCUCGGAAAUCAGAAAUGACUUGCUCACGUGCAUUCAAAGCGAUCCUAGUGUUCCAAAACCAGAUGUUUGCGAAUAACGAAGCCCUCUAAUGUUGCUCAGGAAAGACAAUGAAAAUGUUGAAUAUGAUUGCUACAAAUCAAGUUCUAAUUUAAUGCUCCUUAAAUAAAA